UGAAGAGGCGGGCCUUCCGAUUCUCACCAAAGCUAUUUCCGGCUAGAGCCGGAAGACCGUCGCGGAUGGCUUGAGGGGCGGCCUGUGUGUGGAGGUGAGCUUUGGGGUUGCCGGCUUUCCCGUGCCCGGUGGUCGCCUCAUGCUGCAGGCCGCAGCCGCCAGCCUCCGCUCGCAUCGGCGGCGCUGAGGCGCCGGGGCAGCAAGCGACAUGUCGUCGGGCCUCCGUACGGCCGACUUCCCUCGCUGGAAGCGCCAUAUCUCGGAGGAGCUGAGGCGCCGGGACCGGCUGCAGAGGCAGGCGUUCGAGGAGAUCAUCCUGCAAUAUAACAAGUUGCUGGAAAAAUCAGAUCUUCAUGCAGUGUUGGCCCAGAAACUGCAAGCUGAAAAGCACGACAUACCAAACAGGCAUGAGAUAAGUCCUGGACAUGAUGGAACAUGGAAUGAUAAUCAGCUGCAAGAAACGGCCCAGUUGAGGAUUAAACACCAGGAAGAACUGACUGAAUUACACAAGAAACGUGGGGAGUUAGCACAAUUGGUGAUUGACCUGAAUAACCAAAUGCAGCAGAAGGACAGGGAGAUGCAGAUGAAUGAAGCAAAAAUUGCAGAAUGUUUGCAGACUAUCUCUGACCUGGAGACAGAGUGCCUAGAGCUGCGCAGUAAGCUUCAGGACCUUGAAAGAGCCAAUCAGACCCUGAAGGAUGAAUAUGAUGCUCUGCAGAUCACUUUUACUGCCUUGGAGGAGAAACUGAGGAAAACUACUGAAGAGAACCAGGAGCUGGUCACCAGGUGGAUGGCUGAGAAAGCCCAGGAAGCCAAUCGCCUCAAUGCAGAGAAUGAAAAGGAUUCCAGGAGACGGCAAGCCCGGCUGCAGAAAGAGCUAGCAGAAGCAGCAAAGGAACCUCUAUCGGUUGAACAGGAUGAUGACAUUGAGGUCAUUGUGGAUGAAACCUCUGAUCACACUGAGGAGACCUCUCCUGUGCGAACCGUCAGCAGAGCAGCCACUAAGCGACUCUCACAGCCUGCUGGAGGCCUUCUGGAUUCUAUCACUAAUAUCUUUGGUCUGUCCGAGUCUCCCCUUUUGGGACAUCAUUCUUCUGAUGCUGCCAGGAGACGCUCUGUCUCUUCCUUCCCAGUUCCCCAGGAUAAUGUGGAUACUCAUCCUGGUUCUGGUAAAGAAGUGAGGGUCCCAACUACUGCCUUGUGUGUCUUUGAUGCACAUGAUGGGGAAGUCAAUGCCGUGCAAUUCAGUCCAGGUUCCCGGUUACUGGCCACAGGAGGCAUGGACCGCAAGGUUAAGCUUUGGGAAGUGUUUGGAGACAAAUGUGAGUUCAAGGGGUCUCUAUCUGGCAGUAAUGCAGGCAUUACAAGCAUUGAAUUUGAUAGUGCUGGAUCUUACCUCUUAGCAGCUUCAAAUGAUUUUGCAAGCCGAAUAUGGACUGUGGAUGAUCAUCGAUUACGUCACACACUCACGGGACAUAGUGGGAAAGUGCUGUCUGCUAAGUUCCUGCUCGACAAUGCACGGAUUGUCUCAGGAAGUCACGACCGGACUCUCAAACUCUGGGAUCUACGCAGCAAAGUCUGCAUAAAGACUGUGUUUGCAGGAUCCAGUUGCAAUGAUAUUGUCUGCACAGAGCAAUGUGUAAUGAGUGGACAUUUUGACAAGAAAAUUCGUUUCUGGGACAUUCGAUCAGAGAGUAUAGUCCGAGAAAUGGAGCUAUUAGGAAAGAUUACUGCCUUGGACUUAAACCCAGAACGGACUGAACUCCUGAGCUGCUCCCGUGAUGACCUGCUAAAAGUUAUUGAUCUACGAACAAAUGCUGUCAAGCAGACAUUUAGUGCACCUGGGUUCAAGUGUGGCUCUGACUGGACCAGAGUUGUCUUCAGCCCUGAUGGCAGUUAUGUGGCAGCAGGCUCGGCUGAGGGCUCUCUCUAUAUUUGGAGUGUGCUCACAGGGAAAGUGGAGAAGGUUCUUUCAAAGCAGCACAGUUCGUCCAUCAAUGCAGUGGCAUGGUCCCCCGCCGGCUCUCACGUUGUCAGUGUGGACAAAGCAUGUAAAGCUGUGCUGUGGGUGCAAUACUGAUGGGGCUCUCGGGGCUGGCAGAACCUCAGCACCUUCCUCAGAAGGACGUGGACUCCCGCAGCUCUUUCCUGUUGGUCAGUGUGUUGGGUAUAGAUUGACUUCUCAGAGAAGAGCUCAAGCCAUGUGGCACAGUGGCCUUCCUCAAAGAGGAUUUCUGAGGAUUUGACUAAGGUCUCCAAUGACCUUGAAGGAUAACACUGAAAAAAUGUGAUGCUGCGGUCACUUAGCAGAGGUUCAAGUUCUUGCCUUGAUUCGAGUGGGAAACACUACUAGCUCUGAUCUUCCAUACCUCAUUGUGGGGAGCACAGGGCCCCCAGUGGGUCUUCUCACUGGAUGCAGUGCCAAAAACACCCCACAUUUGGGUGUUGGUCCUCUGUGCUUUUUCCCGUCCUUCCAAAGUCAGUUCCGGCCGAAUGCAUGUCUCGUCACCUUGAGAUCAUUUGCCCAGUGAACUUGCUUUAAGCAUUGGAUUAACAGAAACUCUUAGACACAGGGCCUGUCCUGAUUCCAAGGAGACGCUGGGACUACAGUCCCCUCCCUUGUGGACUGUGGUGUUCCGGGGCUAUUGUUCUGAAUACGUCUUAUUACUGCUGAAAUUUCCUCAAAUCUCGUCAACUUUUCUUCAAAGCUUACUGGCUUCUUUUUCCCCACCCCCAAAAUUUGACAUAUUUAUUUCUUGAUCAAGAAAUAAAUCUCAAUUUGGUUUUAAAAAAUUAUUUUUGAGGCAGGAGAGGAAGUGUGAAAACCUUUUCUAGAGAAGUGGGUUUGCUGCAGAGGUAAAGAAUGUGUUCCUCUACUGAUCUGCAGACACACAGAAGGUGGGUGUACACCAUGUUCUUGCUAGUGAUAAGGGAUUUGAGGACUUGAAUGUAUUACUUCCGAACUGGUAAUUCCGGCCACUGCCUAUCUUCCAAGCCUGUGUACAGUGCCCUUGGUGCUUUAGUGCAAGCAGCCUGCUAGACCCAGAAGCACAGCAUUGUCAUCUUCUCAUUUCAGGGGUUGUGAUGAAGGCCAGGGAGAAACAUUUAUCUUUACCAUUUUACCUGUGUAUAAAAUUUUAGUUAUUUGGGUGUCUGAGACACCAAUGUUUUUAUCACUUUUUAAUUUGCACUUUAUUUUUAUCUUCCACACUUGUUCUCUAGACGCUGGGGAACAUGAGUGCUGGAACGGGUGAGAGGAACGAGUCGCUUUCCCACUGACAGGGGCUUGGUCUCCAUGCUUCCUCUUUUUCCUGCCUGCAUCUCCCCUUUUUGGUUUGCCCUCCAGAGAACUUGUGUUAAGGGGAGUUGAAAUUCACAGGCCAGGGCACAUCUUUUAUUUAUUUAAUUAUGUUGCCCAACAGAACUUGAUUGUAAAUAAAUAAAGAAAUCUGUUAUAUACUUUUCAAACUCCA